UUGGCGCAUGCGCGUUGCGCGCAGCGACCACACGCGGCUCCGUCUCGCCGUUUAUUCCGCGUCCACCAUGCAGCAGCCAAACAGUCCCGGUGGAAGGCCGAGCAAACGCAGGCUCUCUCACCGCACCUCCUGUCCCUACCACCGGCUCUCGCUGUGGAUCAAGACCGCCCUCUCCGCGCUCAGUAUGGGUUAAAGGGCCGCGGCACUGACGGACUCUGCGCUCGAGGAUGGGGACUCGGAUUUUUUUCUGCUUUUGGCAAGAGACGUCCUGACCAAGACGGAGAGAGCAGAUAGAGGGUCCAGAAUCAGCCGCUUUCUUUCGUUUUCCGUUCCUCCUUUUGCUCUCUGCCUCUUUGUGAGAGAUGAUUGCAGAUCUGGUGUGCAGCGCCGUGGCUCUGGUCCUGUAUGUGAACACGCUGGGCGCCGAUUUCUGCUACGAUGACAGCCGGGCUAUCAAAACCAACCAGGACCUUCUCCCUGAGACCCCCUGGAUCAACAUCUUCUAUGAUGACUUCUGGGGCACGCUGCUCACCCACAGCGGCAGCCACAAGUCUUACCGGCCGCUCUGCACUCUCUCCUUCCGCCUCAACUAUGCUCUGGGCAGCAUGGAGCCAUGGGGCUAUCACCUGGUGAACGUGGGGCUGCACUGCAUCGUGACGGCGCUUUUCUCUAGCCUGGCAGGCCUGCUCCUGGGCCGGGGCUGCUGGAGGCUGCUGGCUGGCCUGCUCUUUGCCUCCCACCCUGUCCACACUGAGGCAGUGGCAGGGAUUGUGGGCAGGGCAGAUGUGGGGGCUGCGCUUUUCUUCCUGCUGGCACUGCGCUGCUACAUAGGCCACUGCACCCUGCGGGCUGAGGGGGCCUAUGGCCAGUCCUGGGCAUGGUUUCUGGGCAGUCUAGCAUGCUCUGCCUGCAGCAUGCUGUGGAAGGAGCAGGGCGUCACGGUGCUGGCUGUGGCAGCUGUGUACGACGUGUUUGUCUUCCACAGGAUGACUCUUAGGCAGCUGCCAGGAAUCUUCUGUAAGAAGAAGAACUUGCACCUGCUGCUAAGCGUGUUUCUCCUGGGAUCCUGGGGGGUCUUCCUGCUGGCCUGCCGCCUCUACUGGAUGGGCAACAAACCUCCAAACUUCUCCAACUCUGACAACCCUGCAGCAGACUGUCCCUGUUUCUUGACCAGGGUGCUAACGUUCUUUUUUCUGCCCGCCAUGAAUUUGUGGCUCCUGCUCUGCCCGGACAUGCUGAGCUUUGAUUGGUCCAUGGAUGCAUUGCCUCUUCUGAGGAGCCUCACUGAUUGUAGGAACCUCCACACUGUGGUGUUUUAUGCUGGACUGCUGGCAUUGGCAUGGUUUGGCCUUUGCAGUCGUCCAAGCAAAGAGAAAGAGACCAAUGGGAAAACCCAUCAUGUGACAAAUGGAAAGUCCAGUACGAAUGGUCACAGUUAUCACUCUGACUAUGAACACUCCAUUCCAGACUCAAACUCUGUUCAGACAAAUGGGAAUGGUACCAAAAAGCACUAUUUAACUAGGACCUCUUUGCCCACUACUGAGAAUGUAGUGGUCUUCUCAUUAGGCCUGCUGGCCAUUCCUUUCCUCCCUGCCACUAACCUCUUCUUUUAUGUGGGCUUUGUGGUGGCAGAACGGGUCCUCUACAUCCCCAGCAUGGGCUUCUGCCUGCUAGUGGCAGUUGGGGUGAGAGCCCUGUGGGUCAGACUGAGGAGGAGCUCCUCCAGGACGCUGGUGCUGGCCUGCAGUGGUGCUCUGGUGCUUCUUUUUGGGGUUAAGACUGUUCUGAGGAACCAGGACUGGCACAAUGAGGAGAUGCUGUACAAGUCAGGGAUAACUGUGAACCCUGCUAAAGCCUGGGGAAACCUGGGAAACGUCUUGAAGAACCAGGGGAAGAUGGCAGAGGCUGAGAGAGCCUACAGGAAUGCUCUGUACUACCGGAGGAACAUGGCCGACAUGCUGUAUAACCUGGGUCUGCUGCUACAGGAGAACAACAAGUUCUCUGAAGCUCUCCACUACUAUAAGCUGGCCAUUGGGAGCAGGCCAACUCUCGCUUCUGCCUACUUGAACACGGGGAUCAUCCUGAUGAACCAGGGCCGUCUGGACGAGGCUAAGCGCACCUUCCUCACCUGUGCAGACAUCCCAGACGAGAACCUGAAGGAUCCUCAUGCACACAAGAGCUCCGUCACCAGCUGCCUCUACAAUCUGGGCAAGCUGCUACAUGAACAAGGCCAUCAGGAGGAGGCCCUGUCUGUGUAUAAAGAAGCAAUACAGAAAAUGCCCAGGCAGUUUGCUCCUCAGAGCCUCUACAACAUGAUGGGAGAGGCCUACAUGAGGCUGAACAAGCUGUCGGAGGCCGAGCACUGGUACAGGGAGUCGCUCCGAGCCAAACCAGACCAUAUUCCAGCACACCUUACCUACGGCAAGCUUCUGGCUAUGACGGGUCAAAAAACAGAAGCAGAGAAGUACUUCCUGAAGGCUAUUCAGCUCGAUCCCACUAAAGGAAACUGCUACAUGCAUUAUGGUCAGUUUUUGCUAGAGGAGUCCAGGCUGUUGGAGGCCGCUGAGAUGGCGGAGAAGGCCGCUCAGUUGGACAGUGAAGAGUUUGAUGUGGUCUUCAGUGCGGCUCAUAUGCUCCGACAAGCCAGCCUGAACGAUGCUGCAGAGAAGUACUAUGAGCAAGCAGCUAGUCUGAGACCUAAUUACCCUGCAGCCUUGAUGAACCUUGGAGCCAUCCUUCACCUGAAUGGAAAGCUCCAAGAGGCUGAGGCCAAUUACUUGCGAGCUCUGCAACUCAAACCUGAUGACACCAUCACCCAGUCCAACCUGCGCAAGCUGUGGAACAUCAUGGAGAAGCAGGGCCUGAGGACCAGGGCCCCCUGACUCAAACACACUCUAACUCACUAAUGAGUCUCUGGACAUGGAGCUCAGAGUGAACAGUGCCCUCACCACUGAGGCAGUCUAUAGCUGGACAGGUCGCCAAGAGCUAGAUGUCACCGUAGUCACAAAUUGAGACUUUUACCUUAUGUGUGGAGUCACAUUUGGUACAUUUGAGAACUUUUUUGAGAACUUUAGAACUUCAAGAACUUGCCCUGUGCAAAGGUCUCGACUUGAAGUGGACCGUCGUUACAUACUUGAAGUCUCUUGAUACCUUAGAUAUAAAUUUCAGUUGAUGCUUAAUGGUCUUUGCAGGGCAAUAUUUGUCCUGAAAUUAGAAGGAGAUGAAAGUAUCAAGGAAUAAAGGAAUACCGCAAAGUUGUGCUCUAGAGCUGAAUGGGAACGCUUCAGCAUCAGUGAAUUGUUUGUUUCAUGAUUAGAUUCAUUGAUCUUUGAGGAAGCCUUCUUGAUUCCUUUACGUAUAGGAAAUCAUGUCCAUUGAUUCCAUUCACCUAAUGAACAAAAGAAAAAAAAUGCCAUCUCUAAAGGUGUGCCAUUUUUUAUGUCAGGUCAAGUUUUAACAGAGCACAUAAAUUCAUCAGAUGUCAUUUCACACAAUGAUCAAUCACUUUUAAAGCGUUUUUAUUUGCUUGUUUUUGAUUGAUUCAUGACAUAUAAGGCUUAGCUCUGAAGGCAACAGAUAAGGAUUGGUUUCUAGAUUAUGCUAAAUAAAGUUCUUAUAAUGAAGUUAAGCUGUUUUUAUAGCGUUUUAGUCAAUGUUAUGCUCGACCUUUGUAACUAUGGCACAAUAUUAGAUCCAAUGUAGCCGUCACUAUUUGGAUGGUAUUCAGCUUGGAAACAGAUGUGAUUGAAGUGUUUUGCCAAAAAAUGAUGUAAAUCUUGAAAGUCCAAUAAGCUACAGGUAGCUUGAAGGAAAUUUGGUGACUGACUUGUAAGAUUUGUUUUUGCCUUACUUUCUCAAAAUGCAAAACUUGUACUGUAGCGUGACAGGAAAAAAACAACAACACUCAGACGGUUUCUUUGCUUAUUAAAGGAAUAUGGUCUGUGACUGACCCAGCUAAAGCAUUCUCAGAUCUCUGUUUAGCAAGGUAUUAGCAGUUGCACACACUGUGUAGAAGUGGUGUAGAAGGGAUGUUCACAAAUCUGUUGAUUUGUUUAUGACCUGGAUGUUGUGCUCAUAGUUCAGAUUUGGACCAGUUGUUAUUUAUGGGCCUUGAACAUUAUUAAAGUGAUACUUUACUAUUUCAGCUCAAAGGUUUAUAGAACCCACACAUGUACUGAAGCUUGCAGUCUGCUUUUCUGUGCUCUUUUAUUCAUGAGGUACGUCCUCAGUUUUGGGUGAUCAAGGACUUCGGAAUAUAUGGAAACAUUAGAUUUGAUUAUUUAGACAUGAUUUUAAAAGAUUGUUUAGUAUUCUGUUUAUUUUUUUCUUUUAGUGAUUUCUGAAUAAUUCAAUCUUUGGUGCUUUGUGGAGAUGCACUCCAGUAUUCCUGAAGUUUGUGGAUUUUAGGAAGUGAAUAGGUCUAAAUAUUCCAGAAAGUUUCCUCAAUUGAAAGAAUAAAAUAUUUUAUGUUGUAUUAGGUAAAGAUGUUUAGAGAGAGUUUGAAGAAGAUUUAAACAUUACAAAGCUGACAUCGUCUGUUCUCUUUUGGAGAGAACAGUACGAAAUACCCAGUGACUGUUCUCUGUCUGCUCUGCUGAACAGCUUUUCUUAUGACCCUGUUGACGCCCUCCACCCAGUUCCAUAGCACAGUUGUAGCUGAUCUAGACAACUUUGGAAUCAUGACUAGUAAAUUAUCACUUUAAAUGCAAAGCUUUGACAGUCUGCUAACCAAAUAUAAAACACGUUGCACUCAUCUAACAAUGCGCAGCCAUAGGUUUUGUAAAGAAUUGUUUAAAUGUCGUUUUGGGUUUUUUUUUUUUUUUCAUAGCAGUUUUUUUGUAUCGCUUAUACAGAAUUUGUGUAUAAAUGAAACCUAAUAUAUAAAACAGGAUGUAUCGUAUAGUACAAAAGACUAGCUGUAUUGCUCACAUGCAGUUUUGCGAAACAAGUUGAGCCAGAAAUCACAACAUUCCUUACUGUGUACUAAGGCAUCUUAUGUUCUCACUUCUCUUCCUAUCUGUUCAUCUUUUGUCUUUAUUUGGUUUUGGAUUCAGGUUUUUACAUUUGUACAUACUGUGUGAGAAUAUAUUACAUGUAACUUUAAUGUACUGUAGUCAAGCCUACCACUAUCUCACAUGCGUUAUUAUUUCAAGUCAUGAAGAACAUUUUAGAUGUUUUUUUUUCUUUUUUUGAUAUAUUUUUUUUCUUGAGAAGUAUUUCUCACAUAUGAAGGGCCUAUUGUUAGAUGUUUAGCUGAUUUUAAUUCCUUAAUUUAUUUCUUUCUGUGUUGUCUUGGGGAAAAAAAAUAAACCAGCUGGCACUGUGUUGUAUGUCAACCAUGCACUUGGGACUAUUUCAUCCAUUCUUUGUUUCCGAGCUUACAGUAGCUAUAAUGAGGAAUACUGAACGGAGAUAAACAUACUUUUUACAGUGAAUACUUUACUAAGUAGGUGUCAGAAAUAGGCUAUUCUAACUGCUCAAAUCAAGCCUCCAUAGACUCUACACCUACGGUUUAGUAAAUAUAAGAUUUUCUAGAGUAAUGAAACAGGUCAUAUUGGCAUUGGGUGUUGUAAAUCAGGCAUUGAUUUGAAGUAACAUCAGGAUCUCUGAAUGAAAAAAGAUUGACUUGUCCAUAUUUUAAACUUAGCAGAGUAAGAUAUAUAUAUUAUUGCACAACUACAGUUCCUUCACUAAGAGCUUUAUGGCUGUCCCUGUAGUUCUCCUGACCAUGGCUCUUCUUCACAAAGCACAGUGCUCACUCUGUUGUGGCCAGGUGAGUUUAAUGGGUUUAAUUGCCGUGAUUGUGUCCAGACUGUGCCGUGCGUAGCUGUACUCACCAUACAUGUCCGUGUGAAAUAUUCAGUGCAUUUCCCCCCCAAUCCUCACCCCUCUGUUAGCAUGUCUCCUCACCCGCGCAGAAUGACAGACACAAAGCGAGCACCAUUAGACAUGAGUGUUGCGUGUUUUUGUCUUUCCUCAGGGAUUUCAAGCGGUGGGGUCAUUGCAGAACAAGUGCUCGCUGAGCACUGAGAGUUUACUAAAUUAAAAAAGUUUUAUUUUUUGAAACAGUGUUGUAUUUGUAUAAAUUAUCAAUUUGUAACCUUUCUUUCUUCCCUUUUUGUAAUAUUCAAAUGAAGUAUGUGCCAGAUUGGACUUUUCCUGAUGUCACGCUUUUCCAUAAUAAAGUACUUGUGUCUUGC